AUGGGAUCGAAAUCAGAUAUUGUCGACAACAACAAAAUCGACACCACAGCGCUCAACCUCGCCAUAGACACCGUGUCAGUCAACAAAUUGCGCGAGGUUCUCAAGUUCAUUUGCGAAGCAAACCCUGGGGCAAAAGAACAAGCCAGCAAGAAACUUAUUGUGAAAGACACCGAAGUCAAAAAUGGCAAGCCUGCUCUAAAAUCAGGUCAUAUUGCAAAUCAAGACAAUCGACUCCAGCCUGACCCAAUGACACCGUUUCUCCACAAACCCGAAAAGAUCGAGGCAGCAAAAGCUGCCUAUGAAAGGGAGAACGAGAUGCGAGGACCUUACAAUCCUGACGUACUAUUCGAAGGGGUUACUGAGGAACCUCAGGCAGAUGACAACUCGUCGCUUUUCGACGACGACGAUGACCCGGAAGCAACAGCACAGGAGGAAUGGGUAAAGGAGGAGUGGCCACAAUAUUUCAUUUUUGGCUGCUGUGAAGGUAAUCUGAGAGACAACUUGGAAGGAUGUAUUGUUGAUUGGCAUGUAAAUUCGUCUUCUAUUCCUCCGGCGAAGAGAACUCGUGUGAUGUGA